GAGAAAGUAGUGGGUCAGUGUGAAGUCAAGAUGAAACAAUAUUUAUAUCGUACACCGCGCCCUUUUCCCUUCAUAGCUUAGCCUACCAGAAAUGUGAUCACCUUUGAUCUCCAACUCUCCAAUAACAACAACCACCACAACCUAUUCGAACCUACCGACCGUACCUUUUCCUUUGCCCUUCACUAUUCCAUGACUUCCCCACGAUAAACCAAUCUAUUGCCCACAGUUGUUGCAGCUGUCUUUAUAAUUACCUCCGCUCAGCGUUCCAAUAAACGUAUUGAUCCUACGCCAUGGACCAGCCACAACCACCCACCGGUCAACCUGAGCAACCCCCACCGCCGACUCUCACAAAUCCACGCUUUACUCUCGAGCUCGAGUUCGUUUCCUCGUUGGCUAACCCAUACUAUCUCUCGCACCUCGCAGUCACAUACCCCCAUCUGUUAGGAAUCUCCAACGCCAGCGAUGAAAGCGACGCGACCAAGGAUGCUGCGGAUCCUGACGCCCAGGCCUUCGCCGCGUACCUUGCGUACCUCUACUCAUACUGGAAAACUCCUGAAUAUGCCCAAUUCCUAACUCAUCCUGGUGCUACCCUCCGCGCGCUACGACUCCUCCAAGAAGACACAUUCCGCCGGGAUAUCAUUCGCCCCCAAGUUAUCGAAGGGCUAGCGGGGACCGGCAUUAGCAACGAAGAAGGCGGUGCAACCAUCGAACAGGAGGGGGAACAAGAUAAGGAAGAACAAGGGAAACAGGAUGAAGCGGGGAAUAAUAAUAGUUCAAAGACCUGAGCUCGGCUUUAGGGGAUGAAUAUAAAGAAGAGCCGCGGGCAUUUCUCUCGGUCUCCACGCUCGGUCUGCUCGGAUGCAACCUAAAAAGGAAAUUGUUGCGGGCGGCGGAGAAGUGUCAGGGGAUCUACAUCGGAGGGUAAAAGAAUUGGGUUUUCUCAAACCCUUUUCGCUUCUUCCCCGCGAAGUUGCUUCGAUCGAAGUGCGGACGCACUGAUGCCGCUUGGUUCGCGAUGGCGCGGAGCGUCAUGUGUGACCGAGGCACGGCCGCUUUUCCUUGAAUAGUUCGUCAAUGUCGGCUAUUUGUACCCUGCGAGGUGUCAUAACGUCCUUUUUGGGGUACUCGCUAUGUCUGUGCUGCAUAGUUCGGGAUGUAGCUUGAUUAUCGUUCGGUAUCUUCCCUAAAUGUGGAGAGCACCUGCUUGUAUGUACUAUCUAGUAACUACUAUGGGAAUGCAUGCAUACAGGGAGCGCGCCUUGUGACCGAUGGCGGUAGCAUGGAAUUGGGAAUGGAUUUUGCUUGGAAUGUUAGAUGCUCUUAGUAUUUCAGUUGUAU